AUGGUGCACACGCUGGUAGUAACCCAAGUUGUUGGUGCCCACGCUGCCGGUGCCCACGGUGAAGGUGAUGCCUGGGGUGCGCUGGCCACCGGCCGCAUGGCCUGCCCCUCGCGUCAUGACCCCGACAACUCUGACGGACCGGGGCAAGGGCUGGAGCCGUCCACCUCGCCGUCGACGCCGUCCCCGCUGUCGCCGACGGCGCCGCUCAUCUUCAGCAACGCGCUGCACGUGGCCGUGGACCAGGGGGCGGUGGACGUGACCCGGCUACUGCUCAAGUAUGGCCUGGAGCCCAACCAGGGCGGCCGCCUCAGCUGCCCCCGCCUGUCGAGCCACUCGGACCAGGGCUUCUUCGCGGACCCCGACGCGAGCAGGUCUCCGUCGACGGGCACGACGAGGAUGGCCGCGCCGGUGGCGGUGGUGGUGCCGGUGCCGCCGCUGCCGCCGCCCACACCGCACCCGCCGCGCAGGGUGUCGUGGGUGUCGCCGGCGACUGGCGGCGGCGGCGGAGGAGGCGGCGCCGUCCCCCUGGCGCCCCUGGCCCCCCUGACGCCCCUGGCCCCACUCAGACACGUGCCGCGGCAGCGCUCGCUGUCGCUGGAGCAUGACAAGCAGGAGGCGGGCCGCGGCAAGGGGGACAAGGCCGAGAAGGUGGACAAGGACCGGCGCUCCGUGUCCCUCAAGUCGUCGCCCCUGCUGCGCGACAAGCGCGGCGACAACGGCAGCGCGGUGGAGCUGGGCCACCAGUGGGACCAGUCGCCGCCCACCCCGCGCCGCAAGCCGAGCGGGGAGCGCGCGGCCCCGGGGCCGGCGGGGAUGCCCCUGGCCGGCGCGCUGACCGGCCUGCCCGGCUCGGGCAGCAAGGUGCACCCGGAGCGGGGCAUCUUCGCCGAGCUGCGGCGCAGCAGCGAGAUCUUCAAGAGCAUCCUCCUCAACCUGUCUAUGCGGGACGCGGAGGCCGCCGCCGGCCCGGGCAUGGAGUCGCCGAGCAACGCCACCCCGCCGGAGACGCCCCAGGUGGACCUGGCGGGGCUGCUGGCAGCUCACGAGCGCAGGCGACUGGCGGCGUACCGCCACAUGGACGACUCGUCGGCGUCCUCGUCCCUGACGUCGUCGUCGUCCUCGCUGAGCUGCCGCUCGUCGUCGGACGACGAGUGCGAGGGCCUGGCGGGCGGCACCUCGGGCCUCGGCCACGGCUACUACGGCCUCGGCCACGGCCUGGCCAACGACGUGGUGCUGCAGACCAACCCGGCCAUCUCGACGGAGCGGCUGGGCGCGCUCUCCGACUACACGCGCCAGCACCUGUUCUCGCUGCCGGUGCUGUUCCUCGCCGUGGCGCGGGGCAGCGCCACACUCGUGUACCUGCUGCUGAAGUACGGCGCCAACGUCGACUUCCAG